UGCCCCCUAUAAGUGCGUGUAUCAUGACCAGGAGAUCGAUAAGAAAUAUAGCUAUGAUCCUAGCAGCUGGUUGUUCACGGUUCAGACAACCACCAGAGUGUUGUUAUAAUCGUGCUAAUGCCAUUGCAGUUUCAGGCUUACAGUGUUCACCCAUGCAUGUCAUCAAAUUUGCCCAAACUAAACAAAAACUUGGACUGAACUAUGAUGCUGUAUGUAGUACCUUGAUAGAGUGACCAGUCUAGGUAAGAAACUCAAUCUGACAUAUUUAGGGGUAUGGUUCCAGUACCAUUAACUCCAUAUGUGAUUAGCAAAGUAAGUAGCCCUUGUCAUCAGCUCAAGGUUCUUAUAUAGUUGUAUUUUCCAUAGGACGAUUUCCUGGAUUAAAUAUCUGCGCUGGACAUCCAGCACUGUACCAGAGUUCAGUCUCCAAGAAGCUGGUUGUUCAUCCAGGAGUCUACCAAAUUUAGUUGUUAUGUGGAAGGCAUGUGCUACAUGUGACCAACAAAAAAAGCUCUUCUUCUACAGCCGAUGGAUGAGCUACUAUCCACUGUUAUUUAUCUAAAUAGUUCGUUUCAUGUUGCUUACGGUUCAGCCAGUUACCAGUGCACUGUUAUAGCCAUUGAUGCCAGGCCAAACUAAGAAAACUUGUCAAGGCUGUGUCGGAGGAUACUGCCAUCUUUUGCUCCUAGAGGACUCUUUUGUAUGGAAUAGCAUCCAAGUUGCUAUGUAAUAUAACUUUUUCCAGUAUAUCUGAAACUAACCAAGCCUAUCACUAUGUUGCGAAACUAUGAUUUGACUAAAUGCUAUGUAAGACCUAUAGCUAUCAGAGGGGGGGGCUUGGUAAAAUAACACCGACAAGAGCAAGCCCUCCACGGGAAAUGAGGGCGAGCACAUCUGCGCCGAGUUCAUGCAGGCCAAGUAUCCCCUUAAAGUGGAGAAAGUACAUGUGUGUCAUCAGGUGUGGAGUGCUCCGCCGCGAGCACAGUGUAGGCCAAGACCAAAGCUGACAAUGGCACGGAGAAUAUCAGGGGGGAGCACCUGCUGCCGCGUAAGAGACUCAUUCUCAAGUUCGAACGGUCCCAGGGGGUACACUUCUUUAACUUUGACCAAGUGUACCCCAUAUACAUCAGAUGGGGUGGACCAUCGUGCUUGUUUCCUUAAGUGUAUCAGCAACAACAGUUUCAGACAAAUUCGUUUUAGCCCAAAUAGCAAAGGAAACUGAACAUAAGUUUUCAAGUCACCAAAACCCCCAAAAAAUUGAACACCAAUCCCCGGAUGACACACUGCUCGAAAUUUGGCUCCAGAAGUUGAACAGGGGGCCAAAGAAAACACAACCCAACUAAAAUUUCCUUGAUAGCCCAUUUCUAAGUAGCCAUUGUUUCUUUUAUUUCUGUGGUUUUCUUGUCUUGUUCAAUGUCUUCACCUUCCCUUUUUGUCUUUUACUUUCCUACUUGGUAGUAAUGACUGUUGUAGUACUUCUGUUCAGAAAGUAAAUGGCGCCUACAACACAUUGAAGCAAACUGACAAAUGCAUGAUGCGACUUGGAAGCCAUUUUAAUCCAUUCAUUGUCUCAGAAAUCAGAAUCAAAAAAUCAUGCAUCACGGCCAACUUCAGACAAGACAAAUGCAAUGGCUAGUAAAAGUUGGUACACAUGUAGAGGUAAUCUACUUAAAUAACGGGAAACGCAAAAGACUUGCAGGUUUCAGUUUAGUGAAGAGAGACUACAAGAUCAUAUAUAUAGGUAUGAAAAUACAAGAAAAAUAUAUGUUAUGCAUUAGUUUCCAAACUGCUAUGAGUAGAGUCAAAUCUUGACCCUCUGUGCAGCCUUAAUGAUUUACUACGCACAUUGUUCGUACUGAGCGACAUGCCAGCCUGCUAUAUAUACAGGCUAGCGUUACAACAUAUCAGAUAACCACAGCCAUUAAUUAUUACUAGGAAAAAGAUCGCUGUGAUGGUCCUCAACAGUAUAAUCUUACGACUUUUUAUCACACCGUACAUGUUUCCAUGGUAUGGGUAUUUUAGGCAUACUCUAAAUGUUUGCCAGCUAUAGUGUGGAGUAUUAGAUAAGCAUGGCCAUAUGCUUGUUUCUUUUUCCUAUACCUUUUUACGAAUAUAUAUAACUAUGCUAGUCACUGGCCGUCAAAUUUACAUUCUGCUCCUCCCUUCUGAAUCUGGUUCAGGUCUCUUGUUUGCAGCCUCUGAAUUCUAGUGAGCUCUGUGUUAUAAAACCUGAAGCAGAGGUAAAUAGACUCAUUCCCUUUUCUAUCUAGCUUUAAGACAUAAAGGCACUUCUCCGACUCACCAUAGCGUCAGCAAGAGAGGUUCUAGCUAGAGAGACGAAAUGCACCACAGCCGCCAGCAUCGCAAAAGCAAUCAGCUGUGCCUUUGGUUGUUGGAUGCAUAUAUGAAACAACCACCAGCACCACAAGAAACAAUGGGCUGGGCGUGCUGCUUUGGCACUAGCAGUAGACGCCAAGCGCUUGCACAAGACACUCGCACACACGCAGGCGUUACGGUUCUCAUGGCACCGUGCUGCCCCAUGCACGCCGAAAUUACUUUUCUGCUUGCUUUGGCGAUGCCAAUCUGUACUACGAUAUUAAUUUGCAUCCUAAAAAUUGCCCCCUAUAAAUCCGUGUACCUUGGUCAGGAGAUCGAUCACAAUCAUCAUCAACAUCAGAUCUGUAAGACUCGAAAGAGAUUUAGUAAGAGUGUGGACUAGAUCUAGAGAGUACAGAGUGAGAGGAUGUCGACAAGAAGUGGCAAGCCGCUCCUCGUCGUGAUCCGACGGAGCAAGCUCUCCGCAGGAGGUGAGGGCCGCCGCAUCUGCACAGAGUUCAAGCAGGCCAUGUACCCCUUCAAGUGGAGAAGGUACAUGUGCGCAAGGUGCGGGGUGCUCCGUGAUGAGCACAGGGCCUCCAAGAGCAAGGUCUCCGCAGGAGAUGAGGGGGACCACAUCGCAGGUAAGAGCAAGCUCUCCACAGGAGAUGAGGGCGAGCACAUAGCUGGCAAGAGCAAGCUCUCCGCAGGAGAUGGGGGCGAGCACGACACCGACAAGAGCAAGCUGUUUGCAGGAGAUAAGGGCGAGCACAGCGCUGACAAGUGCAAGCUCUCUGCAGAAGAUGAGGGUGAGCGCAGCGCCAACAAGAGUAAGAUCUCUGCAAGAGAGAAGGGAGAGCGUGUCUGCACCGAGUUCAAGCAGGCCAAGUACCCCUUCAAGUGGAGAAAGUACAUGUGUGCCAGGUGCGGGGUGCACCGUAGCGAGCACGGUGUCAGCAAGGCCAAGGCCAAAGUGUACGACGACAUGGAGAAUAUCAGGGAGGAGCUCCUGCCGCCACGCAAGAGGCUCAUUCUCAGGUUCAAGCGGUCACAGGCCCUUGCCGCUGCUGCUGUUGCUGCAUCCAGGGAGAAGGAGAACAAGGAGGGGGAGCUAGAGGAAGGGGAGAUCACCUGGAGCCCCGGCUCGACGAUCACCAAGGGAAAGAGAGCCCCAAGGAGAAAGCCCUAGGAUGCACCGUAAACUGCGCAAUGCACCAUUGAGAACUUGUUAUAUGUGAAUCUCUUCAGCUAUGUGAGACAACUUGUGUACUGGUCCGAUGUACACUUCUUUAACUUUAACCAAGUCUACCCCAUAUAUAUAUAUAUCAGAUG